UUGCUCAGAACGUGUUGGCUGCAGAAACCCCCAGGUGAGAAGCCAAGAGGAAGGUGGUGCUCUUCGUAAAUGAGAGUUUCAGCCGGGGGACAGAGUCAAUUGAGAUCAGUGAAGUGACUGCGGUUCGCCAUGAUGUGGACCGCCGCAAGUCUCUGCCUCCUCUGGGCCUUCUCCGUCCUCGGAGCGCCGCUGAACCAACAGAGACAGAGGGUGCUGCUGAUCUCCUUCGACGGUUUCCGCUGGGACUACGACCGCGAUGUCAACACGCCGAACCUCGACAAAAUGGCCACGGACGGCGUCAAAGCCCAAUAUAUCACACCUCCUUACCUCACUAUCACCAGUCCUACACACUUCACCCUCUUGACAGGCCGCUACGUGGAGAAUCACGGGGUAAUCCACAACAUGUGGUUCAACACCACCACCUUGGAGAAGAAGCCGUACUAUCAGACUCAGUUUGUGAAUGAGUGGUGGGACAAUGGCACUCUGCCUAUCUGGAUCACAGCGCAGAGACAGGGCCUGAAAACUGGGUCUCUUCACUUUCCUGGCACCGCUUCCAGUUACCAGGGACAAGUUGCUAUGGUGCGGGAAGUUGAGCCAGUGCUUUACAACUACAAGAACGAGACUGAGUGGCAAGAGAACACAGACAAGGUGAUGGGCUGGUUCGGACACCAGGAUCUGGACUUUGUGUCCAUGUACUUUGGCGAGCCGGACGGCACGGGCCACAAAUACGGCCCCGACUCCCCCGAGCGUCGGGAGAUGGUCAAGCAAGUUGACAGAACUGUCGGCUACAUCCGACAGUCGGCUGAGCGACACGGCCUGACCGACCGCCUAAACAUCAUCAUCACAGCGGACCACGGCAUGAGCAGCGUGUACCGCAACGGUCUGGUGAAAGAGAUCACCCUGUCCAAAAUCCCAGGCUUCUCGUUCCGUGACCUGUCGUUUCACCUGGUGGAUUACGGCCCCGCCGGGAUGCUCUUGCCAAAGCCAGGCAAGCUGGAGAAGGUUUAUGGUGCCUUGAAGGGCGCCCAUCCGCACCUCCAUGUUUACAGGAAGGAGGAGAUGCCACAGCGCCUCCACUUUGCCAAAAACAAUCGUAUCCUCCCCAUCGUUUUAUGGGCCGACCCUGGAUACGUCAUCAAUGGGUAUUUCCCGGUGCAGUUCCACAAGGGAGAGCACGGCUUCGACAACCAAGAUAUGGACAUGAAGCCUUUCUUCAGGGCGGUGGGUCCGGCUUUUCACAAGGACCUGGAGGUGGGACCUUUUGAGAGUGUACACAUCUACUCUCUGAUGUGCCACAUCCUGGGCAUCCAGCCGGAGGUCAACGACGGACACCUGAGCGCCACCGAGCGCAUGCUGGUUACCAGCGCCGCUGUUCAGGAUCAAAAUGUGCAUAUCUUGCAAAACGUCUUCACUGGACUCGCUGCGGUGGCUGGAUUUCUAGUUGUAGUUUUUGUCGUGAUUACAUCCCACAAAUUACUGAAGAGAAAACGCAAGGAUAAAAAAUCGGGAAGUUCGGAAGAUCUUCCAGAAAAGGAAAACACAAAUCAAGCUUCAUUUUGAUCAUCGCACAAACAAAAACAAGAACGUGAUUCUACUAAAAAUCACAAACAAGUAUUUGUGGACCUGAUUCAUUCUAAUCCUGUGAGGAAAGGAACCAUUAUACAAAUUAUUAAUUUGGUUCAAAACAAACGAUUUGUAAAAAUCAACACAAUAGAAAUAUUAAAUAAUAAAAUAAAAAAAACUCCUAGGCUCACUUUGUGUUUAUUUUUAUUUUGCUUAGUACUUUGUUGUUGCAGAGUAAAUCAGGUUCUUACUGUACGUAUGUAAUAUCUGUUUUACAACAUGUUGUAUUUAAAAUGUCUGAAUUAAUAAAAUUUAUUUACCUGAACCCA